AUGUCGUCCCACGCUGCGCUCAGCGCCGCUGCCGACGACCGCAAGGCUCGGCUCGCCAAGCUGCGAUCGAUCAAGCGCAAGCAGCCCGGCGACGAGAUUGUGCCGCCAGAGUCGGACCGCGCGUCACCCGCUGUUGUCACGCAGCCGAAAAGCCAUGGCGACGAGACGGGCGAGGAAGGGAAUACAGGAGAGAUUCGAGAGACUAGCGAGACGGCCGUUGAGCGCGACGUGUCUCGACUGCACUUGUCCGGACGCAACUACGACCCAGAAACCCGCAAUGCUCGGCUCGGUUUCGAGGUCGAGCCCAAUCUGGCGGCCGGCAAUGACACAGUCGAGGCCCAGGCCGCCAAGCUCGAGGCAGAUGUGCGGCGGGAACAACACGAGGAAGAGGGCGGGGACGGCGAAGGUGCAGAUGGCGACGCACGACCGCGCGACAGCGGCGGCAAGCCCAUCGACCUCUUCAAGCUGCAGCCCAAGAAGCCCAACUGGGAUCUGAAGCGCGAGCUAAACAAGCGUCUCGAGCCGCUGAAUGCGCGAACCGACAAUGCCAUUGGCCGGCUGGUGCGUGAACGGCUGGCCGCCAAGCAGCAGCAGCAGCAGCAGUCGUCCAACCAAGCCGCAGCCUCAAACCAGCCCACGGCAUCAGCCACCACCGGCGAGGCAGACGAAGGCGGCCUCGAUGGUGCAGCUCUCGUGGAGGGCAUCCGGUUACGCGAGCAGGAGGCCGAAGAGGAGGAACGGCGCGAGCGCGAGCUGGAGGAUGAGGGUCGGGCAUAG